AGUUACAUGACCCUCAAUGGGGUUCUCCCUCUCAUUUUAUAUUCCCCAAAUCUGUCGAAAGCCUAGAGGCGAAAAUGGAUAUCGAGGCCAGCUUCGAUUGCUGGUGGUAAUUCUUCCUUUGAAACGCGAUCCAUCGCCUCCGAUGGAGAUUCCUAAUCAUCUCAUUUUCACUCUUUCUCGAAACCAGAGAGAAACCCUUGGAAGUGAAAACUUUGGUCGAAGUCGUACACCUCCAUCUAAAAUUCGUCAUUUUGAACGCCAAGCAUUGCCUCCGGAGGAAUCGCGUAGCAAAAAUAAUCAUGCCAGGAAGGAACUCAGGAGUAUGCCAUAGUUGUCACGAGAAGGGUCACUUCUUUGCGGAAUACUCGAAAAAACGUCACUGCCUUGGUGUAAAAUUGGGUUUGUGAAGUGCUUUGAGGUCAAGAAGGAGACGUAAAACAAGGGAAAAUUGUUCAAUUGUUGUAGUGCUAAAUGUAAAUAUUGGGAAUGGGUCGAGAAAGGAGAAACAAACGGGUCAAGUGGUGUUAAAAUGAACGUGAAUAAUCCUGCAGCAGUGGCUGAAGAAGAUCAAGAGUUUGCUCGUAUGUUCCAAACUCGUUGUCUGGUUACCGAAGACGAAAAGUUUGAGAUUCAAGUGACUGUGACGAUUCGCAAGGUCAACGAAAGUGCUGAACUGGAUAAGAAAGGGAAGGGAAAACUUGAGCAAUAGUUGUGUUAUCAUUAGUUUCGCUUCCUGGUACUUGUGAUGUGUAGUAUGUGUUCUUGUAUGUGUAGAGUGUUAUGUUAUGUGUAGUUGGAGUGAAGUUGGGUGGCUAUAAAAUUGAGGACAGAAUGCUGCUCCGGGGAAUUAGGAGUCCUAAAUUUGUGCUCUUCACUUUUGUAUAUAGGAAGACACUGUAAAUUCAUUCACUAAUGUUAAUAUGACUUCAUUAUUAGUCCUUCA